AUGUCAACUUUCCAGAAUAUCACCACCUCUUCCAUCAUCUUCCUGCUGACGGGUGUUCCUGGCCUAGAAAGCUUCCACACCUGGAUCUCCAUUCCCUUCUGUCUCCUCUAUGUAACUGCCCUCUCAGGAAACAGCCUGAUUCUCUUCGCCAUCAUCACUCAGCCCAGCCUGCAUGAACCCAUGUAUUACUUUCUCUCCAUGUUGUCCACCACAGACCUGGGGCUAUCCAUAUCCACUCUGGUCACCAUGUUGGGUAUUUUCUGGUUCAAUGCCAGGGAGAUCACCUUUAAUGCCUGCUUAUCCCAGAUGUUCUUUGUUAAGUUCUUUACAGUCAUGGAAUCUUCAGUGCUAUUGGCUAUGGCUUUUGACCGUUUUGUGGCCAUCUCUAAUCCCCUUAGAUAUGCAACCAUCUUAACUGAUUCCAGAAUAGCACAGAUUGGAGUGGCAAUUGCUAUCAGGGGAACUCUAACACUGACACCGAUGGUAGCACUUCUUAAGAGACUGUCCUACUGCAGCUGCCGUGUGCUCCACCACUCCUACUGCUACCACCCUGAUGUGAUGAAGCUGUCGUGCACAGACACCAGGAUCAAUAGCGCAGUGGGGUUGACUGCCAUGAUCUCUACUGUUGGUGUAGAUUCGGUCCUCAUUCUUCUUUCAUAUGUUUUGAUCAUCAAGACCGUCCUCAGCAUUGCAUCCCCAGAAGAGAGGAAGAAAGCCUUUGGCACGUGUAUUUCCCAUAUUGUGGCUGUAGCUGUUUUCUACAUUCCAUUGAUCAGUCUGUCCUUUGUUCACAGAUUUGGAAAACAAGCCCCUGCCUAUGUACAUACUAUGAUUGCUAACACCUACCUGCUGAUCCCUCCUGUCAUGAAUCCCAUCAUCUACAGCGUGAAGACAAAACAGAUACGUAGAGCUGUGAUCAAAAUUCUCAGUUCCAAAGAAAGGUAG